AUGACGAAGAUAUAUCAUAAUGUCUACCCUUACGAUGCCUCUGUUCCAGCAGCAGUGCUCUUCGCAAUCCUCUUCUUUAUCAUGAGCAUCCUACACCUCUAUCAACUCGUCCGUACCCGUAUCUGGUACCUUAUCCCAUUUCUGCUCGGUGGCAUCUUCGAAGGGAUUGGCUACACCUUCCGCAUAAUAUCCAUAAAUCAAUCACCCGACUACACUCUUCCACCCUACGCCAUCCAGUUGAUUCUCCCUCUUAUCGCACCCGCCCUUUUGUCAGCAACGAUGUACAUGUCUCUUGGCCGUAUCAUACUCGUCACCCACUCAGAAUCUCUGGCUCCUAUCCGCCGUACGUGGCUCACCAAGCUCUUCGUCCUCGGUGAUGUGUUGAGUUUCAUGGCUCAAGCAAUCGGUGGCGCUAUCAUUUCUGCUCAAAAACCAUAUUCGUACAACACUGGUCGGUGGGUCAUCAUCAUCGGUCUGGUUAUCCAAGUUUUCUUCUUUGGACUUUUCCUGGUCACUGGUGUGAUCUUCCACGUAAGGUUGGCUAAGACAUCUACAACGGCUUCCGAGACUUUUGCAUGGAAGAAACACAUGGAGGCGUUGUAUAUUGGCAGUAUGCUCAUUCUGGUGCGGUCGGUGUACCGAUUGAUCGAGUAUCUGGAGGACAAGGGUGGAUAUCUGAUCACGCAUGAAGCUUUUGCAUAUGUAUUUGAUGCUUUACUGAUGCUGGCCGUUAUGCUUGUGUUCUUCUGGGUUCAUCCUAGUGAGAUACAGGUGCUGAUUAGGGGCAAAGGAAAGAUCAUCAAACAUGGCGUCGAAGUUGCGGAUGUGCUCGAGAUGGAAGAUACAGUUAUGUUCCUAGAUGAGGAGGCAAGGAUAAAGUGA